CCAGAGACGACGACAUGAUCGUUUUUCGGGAGAUUUCGCCGGCAGAAGAUUUCUACUAUCCCAUCGGAUCUCUCAUUUCCAUCUUCAGGAACGACAAAGAUGAUGCCUUGCUCGUUCCCAUGAGAAUAGUAGGGUGGAUUUCCAGGCGUUCUGAAAUGGGUGUAUUAUGGAGUUUCUUCUUCUGUUGCUGCUUCCCUGUUGUAGCUCUGUCUAUUAGUGGCGACUGCUCAUCAUUGGAGGAUUGUAUACUGAAGUCUUAUUUCUCAAAACACGAAGUUCUUUCUGAUUCUAGCUUCCAAGAUCUACUACAAGAUGAGCUCUCAAAGUUCUCAUGCAAACUGCUGCCUGGUGAUCCCAAUCCUCAACUCACACUAUCUGGUUUGGGGCGUCGUUUGAUUGGGGAAGGCUCUCAUCGCCAUCUAUCCUCAACAAUCCAGCUUCAAAUCCCUCCGCAAAGUUUCCCUCUUCAGUCUUGCAAGCUUGUAAUGAUUGAGAGACUGCCCUCUGGAGUCUUUGCUGAUCCAUUCGAGCUCGACCACCUGCUCCAUCAUGGAGCAUAUGCUGCCAUAGGUGUCUUCGGAGAUACAAAUUUGGAGUUGCCUUCGGUUUCCUCAAAUAGGUCUGCAGUUGAGAUUCACAUGAAUUUCAAGCACAACACUUCAUCCGGAGCCAUGUCUGCACUCGGAAUCAGAAUAGACCUCCCAUUACAUGCCCGAUAUGCGGCGUUGCAUGAAAGUGGAUACUCAGAAGUGGCAUUCGGGACACCGGAUUUGCUCGUGAGUUGCAGCAUGGAAGGAAGCUCGGAGAAGAGAAGUUGCUUGAUUGUGCCAAGCAGUGACAGCAACAAACUGAGAACAGAUGUUGUUGUGUGGAAAAUACCAUGUGGGAUCAUGAGCCAUACAAAUGUGGUCUCUGUUGUUACCUUUGCUACUGCCUUCGUAUCAACCCUUGUCAUUGUAUUACCAUCUGUGCUUUACUCCAAACCUCGUUGAAUAUUUCCAAAGAUAAAAAGUAAAACCAUGAUUUUCCUGGUUAGGAGCCAUCCAGAAUUUCCUUUCUUCUUAACAGCCUUUUUUUUUUUACUUUCUAACACUCUCUUGGUUUACUUCCUCUUAUUAAAAGAUCCACCCCCAUUUAUCAAACAUAUCACAUUAAUUUGAUUCGUACAUUAAAAGAGUGUCUAGAUUUAGAAAGUGGGAACAAGAUUAGUGUGAAACACUUUAAACCGAGUUGGUUGGAUAAAAGAGAAAGGAGGCUAGAAGUUCAGAACCGAAGACGUUGCACUAAACAGAAACAUGGCGGUGAUUAGGUUUCCUGAAAGAUGCAAUAAUGAUGUCGGUGUGCACCAAAUGAAGCCAAAAACUAACUUGAAAGAUCGAGCAUUGACAAUAAUCAUGUUCAUUCCUGCCACGCUACACAUGAUUAAGCAUGCAUUCCAAUUUUGUGGCGUUUUAUAUUUGUUGUUUAUGUUCUCUCUUACUGACGGGGGGAAAAGAUAUUGGCAUUUUCUGUUCUAUGUUUGGUAACUUUUUUUUUUCAUUUGUGUUUGAUUAGUGUUCUUCGUUCCGAUCUAGGGUUUUUGUUCUGGACUUGCUCUUCUUAGAAUAUGAAGUUAGAAGUUUGGGAACCUAUCUCUUCACUACUUUCACCUCCGGCUUCCCCUAGUUGCUUGUGUGGCUAGAUCGGUCUGUCGGAUCGGGCAAGGUAGGGUCUUCUCUAGUUGUUGCGGUUGGGAUGUGUUGUUUUUUUUAGUUUUGUGGCUCCAGUAGAAUGUUCUUCUGUUCUAUGAGCAUGAUCUCUCUGCCUUGCCUCUCUCUGCCUAUCUAACUCAGAACAAUCCGUUUCACUUUUUUGUCCACCACCAUGUAAUCUCGUUCAUGAGAUUUAUUGUGUAAAUGUCUUUGAGCAAAUCACAGGAAGCAACAGGAGCAUAUGCCAUUGUUGUGCUCAAUAGCCAUGAACUUCGCUGUGAUCGGACGAGAUGAUGUUGUUCUUGGUGCUACUAUGUUUGGUUUGGAAGCAAGAAGGAUAGGUGUAAUAUAUUUGAAUCAAGUGUUCAGAUCCUAUGGGUGGUUGAUUUCGCACUUUGUUUUUGCGAACGAUGCACUGUGAUAGUAGCUAGUACAUAUGGGUCUACUAAUCUGGUAUUGCUCUUCUGUUAGAGUUGUUUUUAUGGAAUAAAGCUUGAUUUUCAUUAAAGAAAGUAUAAUAUUAUAUGAAUAAUCACCAAUGAUGUGAAUGAGAAAAAACUACGUAAGAAAUUGGUUUUAGAUGUUUUGCCUCUAGAGGUGACAAGAAAACUUUUCCUAUAAUGAGAUGGUUUCCGAAGAGAAAAUAUAGGAAUAGGAUACUCAUGUCGUUAUAGUACUGCAGGCGUACCAAAAGCAUUACACAUUUCAUAUUAUCAUUUAUUGUUCAAUUAUAUGGACAGGAAUGAUUAACUUUCAGGAUUUCGUCAUCCCGGAUAUUAAUGUUAUUUUUGGUUAUACUAGUACAUGAAUUUGUAUUUUUGUUCAUUUCGGUACAUCAACUUUCUAUUUAUUGGUAAAUCUAAUAAGAUUUAUACAUGUCAUUAAUAAAAAUAAAUAUACCAUGUCAUAUGCCACGUGUAAUUUGAAACAUAUUAAAAUAUUAAAAACAUGUAAUUCUAAAAAUAAUAUCCUUAGUAAAAUAGAUAGAAAGUGAGAUUUAUGUUCCAGAGAGAGGGUAAAUCGGAUUGAAUCUGAAUAAUAAUUAUUUCGGUAUGCAGCUUCGCGAGAAAGUACUAUUUACACAGUUCCAAAAAAGUUUAGCCGAUAAAAUAAAAAGAAAAAAAUACUAAUCUUCUAAUCUACUAGUGUAUUGAUGACGCGAAACCAUCAAUUAUGCAAGUUAUGUAUAACUCGACUUUUUGUUUGAUUUUCUUUUUUAUGAUAGUUUCCUUCCUCUAAAGUUUUGCAUCAUUCUAUAAGAUAUUCUUAAGAAAUGUAUAAAUAAUUA